CAGGCAUCCAACGUUCCACCAGCAAGCUAAAUGUCUCCGAUAUAGAGUCACGUGAUUACCAUACUCCCCGCACUUUUUCGCCGACCCUCCGGAGUUGCUGCCGAUAAAGCUCCAUGACUCACUCACUGCAAGCCUUCCGUCGGCCAUUUGGGGCUCUUAGGUCUUCUUAUAUCCUACGAAAAGCACCACCGGGCCGAAAAUUCUCCCUGACAACUGUUACAAUGGCAGACACCUCGGCUGUCAAUGGCCAAACUAGCUGGCAUGGAGCUGGUGCUGCCGAAUUUGAUCUGCGCAGUGACACUAUGACGAAACCGACCCCAGCCAUGCUCAACGCAAUCUGCCAGACCACCCUCCUUGACGACGUCUUCAACGAGGACCCAACGACCAAUACCCUACAGAGCUAUGUGGCUGAGAGGACCAAGCAUGAGGAUGCCCUCUUGGUGUUGUCAGGAACCAUGGGAAACCAAGUCGCUAUCCGCUCCCAUUUGACUCAGCCUCCCUACGCUGUGCUGUGCGACCAUCGAUCUCACAUCAUCUGCUAUGAGGCAGGGGGUGUCAGCGCUUGGACCGGCGCAACUGUACAGACAGUUGUCCCCAGAAAUGGCAUCCAUUUGACCUUGGAGGACAUCCAAAAAAAUGCCGUUUUAGACGACGAUAUUCACCACUGCCCGACCAAGCUGAUUAGCCUAGAGAACACACUCAACGGCCUGAUCAUGCCCCUCGAUGAGGCGCGACGUAUUGUAGAAUGGGCACAUGCCAAUGAUAUCAAAGUGCAUUUGGAUGGCGCUCGGCUGUGGGAGGCUGUUGUCUCCGGGGCUGGCAGUCUUGUCGAAUACGCGAGUCUAUUUGACAGUGUAAGUCUGUGCUUCUCCAAGGGCCUUGGUGCUCCCAUUGGUAGUAUCAUCGUUGGAUCGCAAGCCUUUAUCAAGAAGGCCCGUUGGUUCCGAAAGUCUAUCGGCGGUGGCGCUCGCCAGACGGGAGUCUUUGCUGCAGCUGCCCGGAUCGCCCUCGACGAAACCUUCGGUACAGAUGACCAUGGCAAGACCGGCAAGCUUCCUGCCACGCAUGCCAAGGCCAAGCAAGUCGCAGAAUAUUGGACCAGUCGUGGAGGCAAGCUGCAGUAUCCCGUGCACACCAAUAUGAUCUGGCUAGAUCUGGAGGCGUCCGGGGUGGGACCCAACGAUCUCACCGCCAUUGGCCAGGAACAGGGUUUGCAACUGCUAGGGAACCGGGUUGUUGUUCAUUACCAGGUCUCUGAUGAUGCAAUUGCGCGGCUGAGCCAAGUAUUCGACAUUGCUUUGAAGGGUGACUACCAGCGGAGCCAAGACGUGACGAAAGCAUAUGGGAGCAGCAAGUAGAAAAGUUAUACAUAGACAGAUACUGUAAAUACUCAGACAUACUUCGGGUCGUAUAUCUGACCCCAGUGUGCCACAAAUAAGAUUUCCGAUCGAAUCCACGGUUUAGUGAGACUCAGACCAGCUUAGACGACUAGGAG